CCAUUUUGCACUUUGCUAUGAUCUCAAAGCAAACCACCCUGGCUCUUCAACUUUUUGAUGCUCUUGAAAGCCAGGGAAGCUUUGAGCUUGGAGCAGUUUCCCAGCUACAUUCCUCAAACAAGGCCAUACUAUGGUUUCUCUGUGGCCAUCCUAGAGGGGAAUGAGAAGAUUUGGCACCUUGCCCUGAUUCAGACUACUAACCUAAUCUAGUUUUACAAUGUUUGGGGUUAUAUUAAUGGGCCAUGUAUGCUUUCACUUUUAUUACUUUGAUCCCUUAGCAGAGGCGUGAAGUGCCAGCUUAAAUGCUUCAGAUUUAUUAUUGUGAUGGAGGAGAGAAAUAUCAGUUUCUUAUAGGCCUAUUAAUCUCAUUAAUUGUGUAAGCUCGACGGCUUUACCUGGAAGCUUUGCAUUGUGUUUCAUCUGUUUUUCGGAGAGAAGCAGGAGGAGAACAACUAGAUGCAAUACACUAUCCUGUUAAUAGAUCAACAGAUGAUUGUUGUUGGCCUUGCAGGAAGUAGAAGCUAUUGCUGCUAAUUUACUCUCACAAAAUGCAAAUUUUGAGGAUGCUGAAAAUGUUUCUUAAUGAUUCAUACGACCUAUGGUAUCUAUCGGUGAACCUUAUCCAGGGACAAGGCUUCGGGCUGGGUGCUUUGCAGACAAAGUGGAAGAUGGAAAUGUCAAUUGCCACUUGUUCUGUUAAACCUGAUUCAUCGAAACCUGAAGUGGGACUAUCUUGAACAUAUCUAAAUUUCCACAUAUGCUUUAUGCAUGCAAAUCACAGCUGUGGUGCAUUAUGUUGCACCCAGAAUACCUGGGGAAAAAAUAAACUCAAAGUUAGGUGCAAGUGUGAGACUUUUUUUGGUGAAAACCACAAACUUUACUUACCUUUUCCCUAUGAGGGAGUCAGAUCCUAAGGACAGGAGUCGGUGUCAGGUGAACUUCCCUGACUUUUAGGUAGAACUAGAAGCAGGAAACAGCGUAAGGAAUUUUGCUAAAAGAGUUUCUUAUUGUGAGCAUUUAUCAUAUGGGCACAAAUAAAUAAAUAAAUAAAUACUUACAAAUCCUCAGGUUAACCAUAGAUUUCUUCCUCCUUCUCAGCUCAGAUGUGAUUGAUUUGUUUUGCGAAGGAGAUUUGCUGCCCUGUGAGCAUCUUUCCCACCCUGUAUGUGAAACACCCUUAAUGAGCAUAUUUGAUUGCUGUUUUUUAGGGUUUUUUUCUCCUUCCUUCAGCAGUUCACACAAGAACAGUCUUCCUCCACUGUCUGAAAUCUCAGUAACCUGUAGCUGUGCCCCAGGAACCACAGCGCAGCCUCCUUGGGAGCACUUGGGAGCUGCUGGAUUGCCCCACUCGGUUGUCCUUUUGCUGAAGGAGCCUAUGGACCUCAUGUCCAAAGCCCAUCAACUAGAAAUGUGACCAAACCCACUGUUUUAUAGAUAUGUGAUAAAGGUGGGCAUAGAGGGUACAAACUCAAUAAUGCACCAAGGAUUACCCAGCGAUACCUGAGGUACAGCUCCACGCUGAACCUAGAAAUCCUAAGCAUUAAUCACAAGCUAUUCUUGUUCCUCCUUUUCAUGACAGUGUUGUGAGAAGGCUAAUUUUGUAUUAAAAUUGAGUUAGAUCAAUGCAGAUUCAAUGAAAGCGGAUGCUACGCUUUGCUCUAACGGAAUCCAACCCGGAGAGCUUUUCUUUGCAGCAGGAACAUGGGCUAAUCCGCUUAUCAGUUGGAGUUGGAGGUCCUGUACGAGUUGCACUGAAUGUUCAAUUCAAAUGAAAGGAUUUUCUUGGUGAAUAAGAGAACACAUAGUGAAUGUGCAAAUAGUCAAAUGUUCUCCAGAUGGUUUUGAUAAAUGGUUUGCUUACUAUGGUGUUUAAAUCGAGCCAAAUUCAUCUUAUACCUCUGUGGUUCUGUUGGUCAGGAAGAGUCUUUAGGAAUACACUGAAGUACUUUUGAGCACUGGUAAACACUUUUUUAAAAGGUAAGAAUUAGGGGAUUAUAUCAAGCACUGGUAUGAUUAGUACUGCUAUGUACAGUAUCAUGAAAAUAAAUUGCAACACAACCUUCAAACAAAUUAUGAUUUUUCCUAUAAGAAGUGUUAGAGGCUCUUCAAUGUUUCCUCCAGCUUUAGCUGUAGACUUCAUUACUCUGCACUUCCUAGAAUUAAAUGCAACUACAUCAGGAAACUGAAUGUUCGAGGUAAAGGUGCCAUAAUUUAUAAAAGCUUCAGUCUCCCCAGAGGCUCUUGCAGAGUUCCCAUCUGGAGCCCUUGUACAUUGAUUUUUCAGUGUAUACACCAAAAGGAAUGCAGCAUUGGAGGCCGCUGAGUCACUGGCUGGCACCUCUCUACCACUGCAUGAAUGUCAAAAAAAAGAUUUCUAGUGUUUUCAUUCUAAGGGAAAAGAAAAUAAUUUAAUUUUUUUCGGCGUUGCCUCAGUGGUGUGGUUUAACAUUGAAGGAACUUGCAGAGCCCAUACUGCUGUCACGGCACUCUGUAGAACUGAACCAACAAAUGCUGCACUGCCCUUAAUUUUGUAGCAGUAAAAAACAAUGCUCUUACACAAUAAAUAAUGUUUUGAUGUAAAUCAGUGGAAUUUAUUAAUCCUACAGAAGACUUUAUUGGAUAAACUUGACCUAAACUUGACAUCUGUCUGAAUAGAAGAAAAUAGUGUCCUAAGAACUUCAGUUGUAAGAACAUUUAAAAUCUGCUAAGAGGAAAAAUUAAGAGCUAAGCAUGUAGAAAAAGGAAAAGAAAGCUACGUAUUUUGUAAUGUAUUGUGCUAGGAUUGUAUCUUCUUUGAUUAUAACAAAUUUCUUUGAAGAAUAUUUUUACUUAAAAUGCACUUUUACUUACUUUCCCUGGCAGACAGGCUUUAAAAAUGAUGUAUUGGAGGAGGUAAAACACUUCAAGUGUAUUUUUGAAAUCUUUAGACCUUUGACUACAUUUGCUAUGAUGAUACAGACUUAACAGUAAACCCACUUGAAAGACAUUUCCAUGGAACACUUUAAACGAAAUCAAUUGGUACUUUCAUAAUGGCAGCUGAAUGUGCGUUCUUGCCAUUUUCCCAUUUAACAAGAAGAAAAGGCCAAACAAGAACCAAUUAGUCACAAUAAAAUCAGCUUUGAUGACAUUUUCACUCCUGAACUGUGGUAUAAAAUGGUCAUCUAAGAAAGAACUGAAAGGAUAUGUGAGGAACUGGGUGGUAUGACUGCACGUACAUACAUACACACUCCUGAGCAAAAAAUGAUCAGGUAAAGAUGCAGCAAUGUAAUUGCUAUUUGGAGAAGAUAUACUGUUUUUGUGUUUAAACAUACGCAUAGAGCUUCGCUUGAUUUUUGUUCCACAUUUUAACUGGCCGUAAUUUGUCUUUGAAGUCUAUGCAGGUUAAACCUUCUUUACAUCCUUUGGAUCUCAGCGAUGUUUGUGUGCUCGGGUUACCCAGUUGGCCCUUCCAUGAGCAGCAAUCCUUUUUAUUUGAAUUGCCAGCUGUAUGGAAAAUCUGAUUACUGCCUGGUGCUGCUGAAUAGCUGCUUAGCCAAGGUGGGCAGGAGCGAAGAGCUGGCUCUCCUAAAGCCUCCCCUCCUGGAGAUGCCUUUCAACAAACGGUCCUUUCGCAAUGGUGUGGGAUCAGGAAUUAAAAAAACUUCCUUUCGAAGAGCAAAAUCAUAAACAAGUGUUCCAAACCGUACUCUCGGCUUUAGCAUCCCAUGCCUAACUUUGUGCUUAAAAUCACCUUAAUGCUUUUCUCUGGUAAAACUGUCAGAGACAAACGUAUCCGUGUCUUCAUCUUGUAAACAGAUGUUUAUUUCAAAGAGCACAAGCCAAGUGGAGCAGAUGGAAGCGCUCAGAACGGGCUUUGUUUUUGGAGUUACAGUAUCAUAAAGUUUUGUAUGGAAAUGAAUGUUUUCAUUUGGUUAAUUCCCCUUCUUUGUAAAGCUACAGAUUCAAUCAGCUGGCUCCUGAUUAGCACAAAGGCAGCUGUCCUGUCCCAACCCCUCUCGUUGCUGCCAGCUGCUGUGACAGCCUUCGCACAGAUCUACGGGGUGUUUAAUUUCUCGUUUCUGAAAGGUGUGAAGGGCCACGGCUGAAACAGAGUCUGGUCCUGCUUGCAGCUUCUGCUUUCUUUGUAAUGUUGUUAUUUGGCAUAACUUUAUUGGGAAAUAGUGUCUUUGGGUGUCUGAUCUCGGGAAGUCAUGCUGAGGCAGGGUACCAGCAGCUCCCAUUGCCUCAACCAAUUGACUUGUGGAGGGAACACACUGAUGAAUUGUGUUUCUGCUCAUGGCUGCAGGUGUGGCACAGUGACUAGCAAUGCUCUUCUUAAUUCUCCCUAAAGAAUUUCAUAAAAGAUUCGUUUGGUCUGAAAAUAUGUAAGCAUUUUGUGUAGGAAUGGUCAUCUGCUGUGUGAGGUUUCCCUUGUGGCUAUCUCCUCCAAAUGCAAUGUUCCAGGCUGUAACCUUGCUUUGAAAACGUUGAAAAUUAUCUGUGCAGUGCGUUUUGAACUGAAAUUUAAAAUAAUAAUAAAUAAGUAUGU